AUGGGUUACUUUGGUCAAAGUCCCCAAUAUGUAGAGAUUGAAAAAAUUGUUAAAGAGAUACUAAGUAUAUUGGAUCAGAAAAUUUCAAGUCUUCCAAAUGACCUAGUUGGGAUAGAAUCUCCUAUCGAAGAGUUAGAAAAGCUUUUACUUUUGAGGUCGGUUGACGAUGUUCGGGUUGUAGGAAUUUGUGGGAUGGGAGGAAUAGGAAAGACAACUCUUGCUUCAGUUUUGUGGGAUAAAAUCUCUGAUCAAUAUGAUGCUCGGUGUUUCAUUGCUGAUGUCAACAAGUCUGAUCCAUUUGAUACACAAAAGCAAAUUUUAGAACAAGCUCUUAAUGAAGUAAACCUUAAUAUUUUCAAUCCUUCUAUGGCAGCUAAUCUGAUACGAAGUAGGCUGGGUCAUGCAAGGACCCUUAUAGUUCUUGAUAAUAUUGGUCAAAUUGAACAACUGGAGAAAUUAGCUGUGAAUCGUGAAUGGUUAGGUGCGGGAAGUAGAAUCAUCAUAACUUCUAGAGACUUGCAUAUCUUAAAAGCGUACGGAGUGGACCAUGUUUACACAGUGGAACUCUUGAAUGCUGAUAAUGCUCUUCAAUUAUUUUGCAAAAAGGCUUUCAAAUGUGAUAUUAUUAGGACAGGUUAUGAAGUGUUGACAUAUGAUGUACUAAAAUAUGCUAAUGGCCUUCCACUAGCGGUUAAAGUAUUGGGCUCAUUUUUGUUUGGUCGAGAUGUAGAUGAGUGGAGAAGUGCAUUGACUAGAUUGAAAGAAAAUCCAAAUAAAGAUAUUAUGAAUGUGCUUCGAAUAAGUUAUGAUGGACUAGAAGAAAUUGAAAAAGAAAUAUUUCUAGAUAUUGCUUGUUUCUUCAAACAGCAGGAGGUGUAUGAAGUUAAGAGAAUCCUUAAUUGUUGUGGAUUUGAACCUGAUAUUGGGAUAAGAGUUCUCUUUGAUAAAUCACUCAUAACCAUUUCGACUUAUUAUGCCGACUUUCCUCGUAUUGAAAUACAUGAUUUGUUGCAAGAGCUUGGUAGAAAAAUAGUUCGAGGAGAUUCACCCAGAGAGCCAGGAAAGUGGAGCAGGCUUUGGCUCUACAAAGAUUUUUGCAAGGUUAUGUUGGAGGAGAAUACGGAAAAUAACGUUGAAGCCAUAUUUGUGCGUGGUUACCCAGAAGCUAGUGCAUUGAUGGCUGAAGCAUUGUCAAAAAUGAGUCACCUUAGAUCGCUCAUACUCUAUGGUGUAAAUUUUUCUGGAAGCCUCAAUUACCUUUUUGAUAAGUUGCGAUAUGUUGAGUGGCGUAAAUAUCCUUUCAUGUAUUUGCCGUCAAGUUUUCAGCCGGAUGAGCUUGUUGGAUUGUGCUUGAUGCAUAGCAGCAUCAAACAACUAUGGGACGGCAAGAAGCAUAUGCCCAGUUUGAUAAGGCUGGAUCUUAGCCACUCCAAAAAUCUUACCAAGUUGCCAGAUUUUGGAGAGCUCCCAAAUCUUGAGCAGCUGACUCUUGAAGGAUGUACAGAACUUGUGGAGAUCGAUCCAUCCAUUGGUCUUCUAAGAAAGCUUGCUCGCUUGAUUUUGAAAAACUGCAAAAAUCUCUUAAGUAUACCCGACAACAUAGUGGGUAUCACUUCUCUUACAUAUCUAAAUCUCCAAGGCUGUUCAAAACUGUUUAAUAACCAGCUUGAUAUAAGUGCAUCUACUCUGCACUCCCAAUCAACGUCUUCCACCUUCAAAAGGUUUUUGAUGCCUUCCUUGCCUAGCCUCUCUUGUUUGAGUUUUCUUAGUCUAUGUUUUUGCAAUCUACUGCAAAUUCCUGAUGCAAUUGGAAGUUUACAUAGCUUAGUAGCCCUUAUGUUAACAGGAAACAAUUUUGAUAGACUGACUUGUAGCCUGAAAGAGCUUUCCAAGCUUAGACAUUUAAACCUGUCACAUUGCAAGCAGUUGGAAUCUUUGCCUGAGUUCCCUUCACGUACGUAUGUUCCAGUAAAAUCUAAUUUUAGGCAACUAAUGUUAUAUAUUUUCAACUGCCCAAAUAUGGGUGAGAUGGAACGCUGCAGUUCCAUGAGUUUUUCAUGGAUGAUACAAGUCAUUCAGGCGAGCCUAGAACCCUCUGUAAGCACUGGUUAUAUUGAUAUUGUUAUUCCAGGAAGUGAAAUACCAAGGUGGUUCCACAAUCAGUGUGUGGGUAGCUCAAUAAGCAUAGAACCAUCUCCCAUUAUGCAUGACAAUAAUUGUAUUGGUAUUGCUUGCUGUGCGGUAUUUGUGGCACAUGGGUUAAUGGUCGUCAAUGUGUUGCCUCUCGAUGGAGAACUGGUCACGGUCGAAUCAGAUCAUAUGUGGCUAUUCUAUUUCAAUCGCCAAAAAGCAAUUGAUUUUAUGGGUCGUGCAGCUCGCAAAAAAAGGGAGACAAAUGAUCUUGAAGAUAUCAAGAUGGCAGUUUUGUUUAAAGACGGCCAAGGUUUGCAGUUUGAGGUGAAGAAUUGUGGGUAUCAUUGGUUAUUUGAGAAGGAUCUUGAACUAUUUAAGAAUAUGCAUGCCGGUAAUUCGUCAGCUCAAAAGCGCAAGUUUUUAGCAAUUGAUGAUGAGCCACAGUCAUAA